AUGGAUGCUGAUAUACGUUAUAGGGGACGACACCUGAGCUACCAGCGUGGAAAGCGCGUCACCAACCCUAACACAAGUCUCAUCAAGCUCGAGGGUGUCGAGGACUCCAAGGCCGCUACCUUCUACUCCGGCAAGAAGGUCGCUUUCGUCUACAGAGCCAAGCGCGAGGUCAGAGGGUCGAAGAUCAGAGUCAUCUGGGGCAAAGUCACCCGGCCACACGGAAACUCUGGCGUGGUUCGCGCACAGUUCAGACACAACCUACCCCCCAAGUCGUUCGGUGCGUCUGUCAGAGUCAUGCUUUACCCAUCCUCGAUCUAG